GCAGCAUUGCUGAUAGCUUGGUCUGGCACGUGGUAGAGCGCUUACAAUUCUGUCUACAAAUUAUUACGAGUUCUACAGUUUAUCAAUGAAGUAGAUCUGACUGUCGAUAUUCUAUUGGAAAAAAUAUAUUAUAAGCCAUGGCCGUACUACGGUUACUAGUGCUAGUGGCCGUCUCUACGCAGUUGUCAUAUGCACAACUUGGCAGCCAAGCUGAGAAUGCGGACAACUCGGGAACAAAAAUUGUACAACCACGAGCCAUAGAGUCGUCGGACGACGAGACCCAACAAAGUGGCGGGAAGUUUAGUUUAUAUGUGGGAACGAUUAAUGGCGUACGCAGAGAGAUCUUCAAUGAGGUGGAAGGCGAAGGAAUGCACGAACCUGAUAAUCAACCAAACCCAGCCGAUCCUUGGGGAGCUUACGAUGACAAUACAAUCAUAGAGACUGAAGCUGAAAAGAAUUUAUUUGUCCCGAAGCCAUAUCGACCAAGCAGCAAGGAAAAGACAACAACCACUACUCAGAGUCCAUCCACACAACCGCCUACAACUAUCCGCACAAUACCUUUCGUGCAAACAACAGCAGCACCCCGACAACCAGUCACUCCUGUUGUACAUCAGCCAAGUUUCGGACGUCAGGAACUUCCUCAGACGCCUCCACGGCUCUUUGUUCCUUCGACCAGACCUCCUCAGCCAUUCACACCUCAGCCACAGUUCCCAGAUCAACAGUCACGACCUGCACUACCUCCACAGCCUCCCCAGACCUUCAGACCAAGGACUAGACGUCCGCCCUUCCAACCACCAACUCCAUCUCCAUUCCAACAACCACAUGCACCUCAGCGACCGUUCCAGCAGUUCCGCCCUCAACCAACUCCACCACAAGCGCCACCAACUACGCAAGCCCCACAGCUGCCAUUUGCUACCCAGCAAAAUUUGCGAACUGGAGUAUGCCCUCUCUCGAUCUUUUACAUCUCAACACCCAUCAAUGGUCCCACAAGGCUGUCCUUUACUCACUUUGCGAUCGCUGUCACAGUGGAUCAGUGCGCACGAACAUGUCACGAAUUCAAUUGCGCGAUCGCCCAUUACAAUCCAAGCAAUGGACAUUGCGAAUUUAAUCCAUCAACAGCCUUUGCAAUCAGAAAUGGACAGUGCCCUGCUUGGCCAAGUCUUCAUUAUAGGAACAACGUUGUUGCUAGUGAACCAGUGAGAAUCUUUUGCGUCACUUGCCAAAGACCACGAAGACGGCAAAAUCGCCCAAGAACCAGCUUAAAUUCUCGCACUCCAGUCAUUCACGGUGUUCUUGUACGGCAACCCAAAGCAGUCGCACUCGGAGUUUCACAAUUCUCUCUUGGUUCAUCCGCAGACUCAAAGCGUGAGGUAGUUGGUGUUUCACCGAUACAGUUCGAAGAUGGAGGUGACGAACAGCUGGAACCCCAAACAAGAUCACAUGGCAGGAACAGAGCCUAUGGAGCAAGUAUAAACGUCCGAAGCAACGAACGUGAAUUGCGAUCGUUAGAACAGCAAUAACAUUAGCCACCUACCCCCCAGCAAACUCAAUGACGCCUCGCCUAGUAAUCUCUAACUCGUAGUAGAACCGCGUAGAAUCCAGUAUUUCCACCUUCAGCAUUGCCCCUUCUACGUUGUCGCACUAUUCAUAAGUUAUGCUUCAUUGAUUUUGUGGUUUUCCUCUCUUCUCCCGUUCGUUAUAGUCAUCAAACGUGACGCCUUUCAAAGGGGCGACAGUCAUGAGAGCAAAGUCUCGUUUGAUUCCUUGAACCCAGAGCAAUUUAUAUAAUUUUCUUUUUGUUUCAGUAAUUGUUUGAUAACAUCGAAUGCUCAACACAUAUUGGAUUGGUUAUUAUAAUAACGUGAAAGUCUUGUACAUGUCACAUACUGAUGAUUGCGAUUAAAUAUUGUAAAGAAA